AGUAAACGUUUUAAGUUCAUUAACUGUUUGCUCACCAUUUAGUUCAGUCGUCUUCGAUAAACUUUAGUAAAAUCACUUAACCUAUUGGUUUUUUAAUUUUGAAGAGACAAGAAUGUGGCGCUUUAGUUUGUACUUAAUAUGUAUCACGAUCGGUGUAUCUGCAAACAAUUUUAAUGUCGACCAAGCUAUGGAAAAUCAAAAAGUGGUACCUGAUGUAAUUCCUAUUGCCCCAAAAGAAUUUUUACAAGUAAAUUAUACGAACGGCGCGAAAGCAUUACUUGGUAAUGAACUUAAACCUAUUAAAGUGAAGGACCAACCGUCAGUUAGUUGGAAUGCUGAUCCUAAUUCAUUUUAUACGUUAUGUUUAGUUGAUCCUGAUGCUCCGAGCCGAGCUGAACCUACAAAUAAAGAAUGGAAUCAUUGGUUAGUCGGAAACAUACCUGGUGAAAAUGUGGGCCUGGGAGAAACACUUACUGGAUACGUAGGUUCUGGACCUCCACCAAAAACCGGAAUACAUCGAUAUGUGUUUUUAGUAUACAAACAACCAUCAAAACUUACAUUCGAUGAGCCACGUAUAAGCGAUAGAUCUGUGGAACAUCGUGAGAAAUUUUCAAUUGAUAAAUUUGCAUUGAAAUACAAAUUAGGAAUACCCGUGGCUGGUAAUUUUUAUCUGGCCCAGUACGAUGAUUAUGUUCCAAUUCUAUACAAACAAUUUGGAGUUAAUUAAUUUUUCUUCAAAUUUAAUAAAAAUUAGUAAGCCUAUAUUUAAAAAAAUUGAAAAAAUAUUUAUUACGUAGAAAUACUAAUUAGGUGUCUAAUGACUUUUUAUUUUAAUCUUGCAGUAUUUUAUAUAAUUUAUAAAUUAGUAAAAU